AUGUCAUCCGCGAAUCCAGAAAGUCAAAUAGUUGGUGAUGACCACGAAUUUGUCGUACCGACAAAAUGUAUCAAAAUACCAGAAAGUAUGGCAGUGUGGGAAAAAUCGGAGGCCUACUGCGAGUACUUAGGGUUUAUACUGGCCCUGAAUGAAGCAGUCCAAGGCAAAGCUCUGAACGCAGAGUGUCCUCAAGGAGAAGUUGUCAAAAAAACAGUGACCAUGCUGGACACAUUUGAUCAGUGGCUGACAGAGAUACCACCGACUGAACAACCUCAGCGAUUUGGAAAUAAAUCAUUUCGUGAGUGGUUUAAAAGACUGCAAGAGUUAGGCGAAGAAGAGUUGAAAAAAGUAUUACCAGAAAAUUUACACCGAGCAUCACAAGAAUUAUUUCAAUAUCUAUUAGAAGGAUUUGGCAAUCCAACGCGUAUUGAUUAUGGAACUGGUCAUGAAAUGGCAUUUAUUAUGUUUUUGUGCUGUAUGUUUAAAAUUGGAGCUUAUAAAUCUGAUGACAAAGUCGCUGUUGUCAAUAAAGUAUUUAAUCGAUAUUUAGAAUUAGUACGCCGCCUGCAAUUAGUUUAUCGUAUGGAACCAGCAGGUAGUCAUGGUGUCUGGAGCCUAGACGAUUAUCAAUUUGUUCCGUUUAUCUGGGGCAGUUCUCAAUUAGUAGGACAUCCACGCAUUGAACCAAGGCAUUUCGUAGAUCCUGCAAUAAUGGACAGCUUUAAGAAUCAUUUUAUGUUUCUUGGAUCUAUUGAAUUUAUUUCCAAAGUAAAAGUUGGACCAUUUGCUGAACAUUCAAACCAACUAUGGAACGUCAGCGCUGUUUCUUCCUGGUCAAAAGUAAACGCCGGUUUGAUAAGAAUGUACAAAGCUGAAGUGCUUGCUAAAUUUCCAGUCAUCCAGCAUGUACUAUUCGGGUCUUUGCUAACGACAAAACCGGCGCCUCCAGGUCCUAAACCUGGAUCCAGAGACACGAGAUUCCCAGCUCCGAAGCCGCCUCUCUUAACUUCUCAACAAUAA